AGCGCAGACUGCUGGAUAUCUGCUGGAAACCACAGAUUCAGCUCCACCACAUAGUCCUCCCCCAGCAUUUGGUGAUAGAAGAGGACAAACUCUGCAACCAGCAGAGGAACUUUAGAGUGGAACAGAAUGAUCCAACAUCUACACAGAUUAAAGAGGAACUGGAAGAACCAGAACUCCUACAGCUUAAAAUGGAGCAGGAAGAACAAGAACCUCCACAGAUUGAAGAAGAACUGGAGGAAUCUGAACCUCCACAAAUUAAAGAGGAGCAAGAACAACUUGAUCUAAAGCAGGAGACUGAUACCUUGAUGGAGAUUCCUACUUGUGAGAGAAAUGAGAGCAGUGAAGCAGAUCUUAACAAUCAGCAAAGCUUUAAUGUAACUGAUAGCCAGAAUGAAGAAUUAAGCCAACAUGAAGAAUCAACAUCAACUACAGAAGAAGAGACAGACCCACAGAACAGAGAUCAGAGAGAGAGAAGAGACAGAAGUCAUGUCCAAAAUGUGGACAACUCUCACAUGUCAGAAAGUCCGUGUGACUCUGAUGUUGGAAAACAUACCAAUGAGACAACUUUGGGUAAGAAAUACAAACAAUUCCAACAAGAAAAUAGUUUUUCCUCUGUAAAGCCUAGUGAAGGGAUUAUAAUUGCAAACAGUACGUCCCUCCACACGAGAACCGAGUCUGAUAAAGGACCUCAUGUCUGUGAGGAAUGUAAUAAUCAUUUUAGUUCUGAAUCUAGGCUCAGAAUUCACAUCAGAAAACAUACAGGAGAGAAGCCUUUUUUGUGUGAAGAAUGUGGUAAACCAUUCAGUCAUACGUCUGAUUUGAAAAAACACAUGACAACUCAUACAGGAGGGAAGCCUUUUUCGUGUAAGGAAUGUAAUAAAACUUUUAGUCUAAAAUGUAAUCUCAAAGUACACAUGAGAACUCAUACGGGCGAAAAACCUUUUUUGUGUAAGGAAUGUGAUAAAAGUUUUAGCCAAAUAUCUAAUCUCAAAAGACACAAGAUAACUCAUACAGGAGAGAAGCCUUUUUUAUGCAAAGAAUGUGAUAAAAGUUUUAGUCAAAUAUAUGACUUCAAGAAACACAUGAGGACUCAUACAGGAGAAAAGCCUUUUUUGUGUAAAGAAUGUGACAAAGGUUUUAGCCAACUAUCUAAUCUCAAAAGACACAAGAGAACUCAUACAGGAGAAAGGCCUUUUUCAUGCAAAGAAUGUGAUAAAAGGUUUAGUACAUUAUAUAACUUAAGGAAACACAUGAGAACUCAUUCAGGAGAGAAGCAUUUUUCGUGUAAAGAAUGCUAUAAAAAGUUUAAUAAUACAACUGAUCUCAAAAGACACAUGAGAACUCAUACAUGAGAAAAGCCUUUUUCAUGUAAAGAAUGUGAUAAAAGUUUUAGUCAAAUAUCUGACCUCAAAAGACACAUGAGAACUCAUACAUGAGAGAAGCCUUUUUCUAGACAAAAAUUGUAACUGAGAAUGCAGUAAAUAUUUUUUGCAUUUUGAAAAAAGAAGGAAAACUUAGAGCACAUGACUCAUAAAGAAAAGACAACAAUGGUUUAAAUGGAAAGGUUCAAAUAUUGUAAUUUUAUUUAAAAGGUAUUAAAAGUUUUUCUGAGUCAGAAUUGUAACUUAAAAUGUGAAUAAAGAGUAGGGCUGGCAGCAAUUAUUAUUUUAGUAGUCAAUUAGUCACAUAUUCUCUCUAAUAGUCAUGUGUUAUUGUUAACUUAAUGUUUUGUGUAAUUUUUUUUCAUUUUUUUAUUUAAGUUGACAGUUUUGGCAUUCAGUCCGUGGAGGUUGGUUUCUUGUAUGGCACUGUUAAUGCUCUGUGUAUUGUGCAUUCACAGAAAUUGAUAUUUUACAUGUACAGUUCAUGAAUUUCAAUUUGACCUUAUAAAAGACAGAAUGUUUAAGGGCCUAAGGAAAGCAGUUUGCUAGUACAAAAAAACAUAAUUGACUAUGUCUUUUCACUGGAUGUAUUAAAUUAAAAUGAUAUGUUGUCAA